AUGAGGACGUUCGCAGCAGCACCGUCGUUCACUGCUCCUGCUCUGCGCCGAAGCUACGCAACGCCCGCUUCCUCGGGCAGCCCAACGUCUGCCUACGCGCAGAAGCCAGGCAAGGACGGCAACUACCUCGUUACCCUCGUGCCCGGUGAUGGUAUCGGGCCGGAGGUUGCGCAGGCUGUCAAGGGCAUCUACAGCGCGGCCAAGGUGCCCAUCACUUGGGAGGAGGUCGAUGUCACGCCUGAAAUCAGGGACGGACGCUCGCGCAUCCCGCUCUCUGCUGAGGAGUCGAUCAAGCGCAACACACUCGCGCUCAAGGGCCCCCUCGCAACCCCCAUCGGCAAGGGCCACGUUUCCCUCAACUUGACCUUGCGUCGCACCUUCAAGCUCUUCGCCAAUGUUCGUCCCUGCCGUAGCAUUGAAGGCUACAAGACCCCUUACGACAACGUCGACACUGUCCUCAUUCGUGAGAACACCGAGGGCGAGUACUCGGGCAUCGAGCACGAGAUCGUCGAUGGCGUUGUCCAGUCGAUCAAGCUUAUCACUCUCGAGGCUUCCGAGCGUGUGGCUCGCUAUGCUUUCCACCAUGCUGAGCAGAACGGUCGUAACAGAGUGACGGCGGUGCACAAGGCCAACAUCAUGAAGAUGUCAGACGGCAUGUUCCUGCACGCUUGUCGUCAGGUUGCCAAGGACUAUCCUAAGAUCCAGUACGACGAGGACAACCUCGACCGCGUCUGCCUUCGCAUCGUUCAGGACCCUGCCCCUUACUCCGACCGCGUGAUGGUCAUGCCCAACCUCUACGGAGACAUCCUCUCGGACAUGUGCGCCGGUCUCAUUGGCGGUCUCGGUCUCACGCCUUCCGGCAACAUUGGCAAGGACGCUUCCAUCUUCGAGGCCGUCCACGGCUCUGCGCCGGACAUUGCUGGGCAGGACAAGGCCAACCCUACCGCUUUGCUGCUCUCCUCGAUCAUGAUGCUGCGUCAUAUGAGCCUCUUUGACAAGGCGGACCAAAUCGAGAGCGCCAUCUUCAAGACGAUUGCUGCUGGGGAGACUACGGGCGACCUGGGUGGGAAGCUGGGCACGAGGGCGUUCACUGACAAGAUCAUUAGCAGGCUCUGAGUGAUUUUCUGCGAGCCGCGAUAGAUUGUUCAGUACCUGCGUAGCCUUUUUGUCUAUUUGAAAC